GGACUCAUGGAGGAGGGGCAGCCCCAGGAGGAGGCUCCGGGGAGAGGGACAUCUGCAUUCCUGUCUGGAGGGCUCUGGGUGGGGUCAGGCCCCCUGGGGAGACGGGAGUGGGGGCUGCUAAGCCUUGUGCUGAGAACUGGGUGAACUGACCACUCGCUGCAAGAUGAAGCUGCUAGUCUACACCCUCCGCCUCCGCCUCCACCUCCACCUCCGCGAGCUCAGCAGGCAGGCAGCCACCUGGGAGAAUCUGGGGUCCAGGAGCUCCCAGAGUCCUGGGGAGAAAUGCUGGGCUUCCGUCCAGGCUGUUGAAACCAGGUCUAAUCUGCUGUCUCGACCCUGUAUCACUGCAAGGAUCAUGAGGCCGGAUGAUGCCAAUGUGGCUGGCAAUGUCCACGGUGGAACCAUCCUGAAGAUGAUCGAGGAGGCAGGGGCCAUCAUCAGCACCCGGCACUGUAAUAGCCAGAAUGGGGAGCGCUGCGUGGCCGCCCUGGCCCGGGUCGAGCGCACCGACUUCCUGUCGCCCAUGUGCAUCGGGGAGGUGGCGCACGUCAGCGCGGAGAUCACCUAUACCUCCAAGCACUCCGUGGAAGUCCAGGUCAACGUGAUGUCUGAAAACAUCCUCACAGGAACUAAAAAGCUGACCAACAAGGCCACCCUGUGGUACGUGCCCCUGUCACUGAAGAACGUGGACAAGGUCCUGGAGGUGCCUCCAGUCGUGUAUUCCCGACAGGAGCAGGAGGAGGAGGGCCGGAAGCGGUACGAGGCCCAGAAGCUGGAGCGCAUGGAGACCAAGUGGAGAAACGGAGACAUCGUGCAGCCCGUCCCGAACCCAGAGCCGAACACGGUCAGCUACAGCCAGUCCAGCUUGAUCCACCUGGUGGGGCCUUCCGACUGCACCCUGCACGGCUUCGUGCACGGAGGUGUCACCAUGAAGCUCAUGGACGAGGUGGCUGGGAUCGUGGCCGCACGUCAUUGCAAGACCAACAUAGUCACCGCUUCUGUGGACGCCAUUAACUUUCACGACAAGAUCAGAAAAGGGUGCGUCAUCACCAUCUCCGGGCGCAUGACCUUCACGAGCAACAAGUCCAUGGAAAUCGAGGUGUUGGUGGACGCCGACCCCGUGGUGGACAACUCGCAAAAGCGCUACCGGGCAGCCAGCGCCUUCUUCACCUACGUGUCCCUGAGCCAGGAGGGCAAGUCGCUGCCCGUGCCCCAGCUCGUGCCCGAGACCGAGGACGAGAAGAAGCGCUUUGAGGAAGGCAAAGGGCGGUACCUGCAGAUGAAGGCAAAACGGCAGGGCCAGGCGGAGCCCCAGCCCUAGGCGCCCCCUCCCGCGCCAGGUCUGCGGCGGCCCCGGUGUCUAGUCACUUAGAAUUUACCCCCUUGGCCAAAAACCCAAUCCACAUUGAGAGCUGGUGUUGUGUGAAGUGUUCGUCUUGCGGUGUUAACCUGUGCUCUCUCCUGAAAACCUACACACCAAAGCUUCACUUAUACCACUCCAGUGCCGUCCCUCCCGCUGGAGGCACUCCCGAGGGGAUGCUCGCGUGCACGGUGUGUACGGAAUCCAGCGUCACUAAUAAAGCUGCUGUUUGACUGGA